AUGCUUGCAUGGUGUGUUCUCAGUACCCUAAUCAUCAUAUUGCUGACUAUAAGAAGGUGGCUACGACGCAAGUUAGGAAACGACUCCCGCUGCGACAUAUGUAUACCUGCAACACAUGAGGAUACUGAGGAUACAUUCGAUGUACCCCAGACAUCUGCUACACCACAACCAACACCACAGGAUACUGAGGAUAACCCUGUUGUACCCCAGACAUCUGCUACACCACAACCAACACCACAGGAUACUGAGGAUAACCCUGAUGUACCCCAGACAUCUGCUACACCACAACCAACACCACAGGAUACUGAAGAUAACCCUGAUGUACCCCAGACAUCUGCUACACCACAACCAACACCACAGGAUACUGAGGAUAACCCUGUUGUACCCCAGACAUCUGCUACACCACAGCCAACAUUAACCCCCCAGCCAGCCGAUGUGAAUCUGUGUAGAAAGAGUGUGUCGCGUAUGAAGAGAGGCCAAUACCAGCUGCAGCUCUACACCAAUACAUUAGGGAACUACCCAUACAACGCUCCCCCACGACAACGCCCCCCUCAACCACCUCAGCUGCUCCUCAUAGAAGGUCAAUGA